AUCAUGAACAAGAUGUCAUGUUGUGAUGUUGACGACGCAGUCAUGUUUCGUAGCGGUAGGCUCUUUCGGUUCGAAAAUACUCUGUUACUUCGCGAUCACAGCGUUUCUGAUGUACAGUGGCGCAUCUGCGUGGACCCAGGAGGACCUUGAGCUGUUCGACGUAGUCGAAGACGUGAACGAGAACUUCUACACAUUCCUCGGUCUGUCCCCAGAUGUGGACACGGCGGGAAUCAAGAAAGCGUACAGGAAACUGUCCCUUCAGUUCCACCCCGACAAGAACAAGGAGGAAGGCUCGGAAGAGAAAUUUCGUAAGAUCGUCGCCGUUGUAGAGAUACUAAAGGAUGAAGAGAAGAGGAAAAAGUACGACGCGGUGCUGGAAAAUGGCCUGCCCGAUUGGAGGCAGCCCGUGUACUACUACAGGCGAGUGCGCAAGAUGGGUAUCGCUGAGCUGUCAUUCUUCCUCGUAGUGCUGCUCACUCUGGGCCAGCACGUUUUGGCUUGGGCGGCUUACUGGGAGCGAAAGUUCGAGCUGGAGGAGACUGUGCUGGCCAAGUUCAAGCGUAAGGAACGCAAGUCGAAGAAGCUGACGGCCGUCGAGGACGAGAUUCGCGCCUCGUACCUAGACAGCCUUGGCAAGCCGAGCUACGGAGACCUUCUGAUAGUGCGGUUUACUGUGUUCCUCGGCUGGGCCGUGUGGAACUCGCCGACGCUUGUGCGAGAGUGUUUCGAAAAAAUCCAGGAGCGCCGCAGCCGAGCCACGCUCGAGGAAGACAAGACUAGCGACGACGAGUCGUGCGACGAGGCAUCGGAGCGCGAGCGCAAGCCUCGAAGACGGGCGCGAGUCAUACCCGAGGCCGGAGAGUUGCCUAUCGCGGCGGGCUCUGCAAUUUCCGCUCUCGAUACCUCCGUGACACUUCCCAAGGACGUCAACAGAGACCGGGGCGCCGUUCGCAAGACACCCUGGGGCGAAGAAGACACCGUGGCCCUCAUCAGGGCUAUGAAGAAGUACCCGACUGGCACCGUGGACCGGUGGCAGAAAAUCGCGGACCUGUUGAACCGCAGCCAGGAUGAAGUGAUGUCGGUAAUGAAGCAGCUUCGAAACUCGCCCGUCGCCAACGCAGUGCCACACUCUCAGGGUGUAACGGGAGAAGACUACCAGAGUUUAGAUGAAAACGCGACUCGCGCGGAAGGCGAGCUUAGCCUGCCUCCUCCAACCCGCGCCGAAAAGCAGGCCAGGGUUGCGCUACCGACUGCUCAAAGGGUCGCUGACUGGAGCCAAGAACAGCAGAAGUGCAUGGAGGCUGCACUGCAGAUGUUCCCCAAGGGAACGGAAGAUCGUUGGGACCGAAUUGCCGAGGCUGUUCCCGGCAAGUCCAAGGAGGAGUGUAUGCUCAGGUUCAAGUUUCUCGUUGAACAACUGAAACGAAGAAAGGUUGAAGAGAAGUCUAAAAUGAGUUGACAGUGCAUUUGCUUGUUUUAUGUUGAUGAAAUAUAUUUAUUUUCAAAUA